AUGGAGGGUCUGUACACAUGUGUGCGGUGUGCGAGAGCACUGUCGGGAUUGAGCCGACGACAAGUCAGUGGUAGCUACGCUCAGCGCAUUUCUGGUCGCCGCAGUUUUGCAUCGAGCUCCGCGUUCUACAACCAUCCUCUCAGGGCGGCCAAUGCUGCCGUAACAACUCAGACGCAACGCUCUAGACAAUCUUCGCGAGUCGUGUCAACAGCGGCAGCACCGGCAAAAGAAGAAGACAACUUCGAACGGCACAACAUUCCACCAACCGAUUAUGGCGAGUGGCGCGCUCAUGGACGUGUUGUCCUUCAACCAGACAACUUAUAUCACCCGUUUUCCCAGUCACCUAUUCCUGAAAUUCGGCAGCGAGCGCGGUUCAUAAAGCAACAUGCGUUAUGCCCUCAUCCUGCGCAUCAACAGACGAGAGUUCCGAUCUCUCCACACGACCCUGAAGCCCGAAAAGUGAGCGGGAUCAGUUCGCAACCGCCCGCUCAUGUGUCUUUUGAGUGUCCUGACUGCGGUAUUCCGGUAUACUGCAGUGAAGAACACUGGGCGGAUGACUUUGAAGCACAUCUCGAAAUAUGCGACACCUUGAGACAAAUAAACGAGGACGAUCAUGACCUGCACUCGGGAAGAUGGUUCCCAGAGUUCGAAUAUCCUGGUCCCCAACUUGAUGAGAUUGUUGUGAACAUGACCAACUGGGACACAUAUUUCUACACGCGGCAGUAUGAGGCGAUCAACAACGAGAGAAGCAUGCGUCAAGUGACCAGAUUGUUGACAUACCCUUUGACAGUGGGGAGCGUGCUGCAUGAGCUGAGCCCUUACAAUAUCCGGAAAGGUGGAAGGCUCACUCCCGAGGGGUUGAAGAGUUUAACAGGCGAGUGUUGCAACCAUAAUACGGGUCAAGGCCCAGACAUCAAAGGCUUGAGAUUGUCCAGCCCGCCCGUCAGGAUAUUCAUCCUAGGAGCUCGGGCUGAAUCGUCGUUACCACGUGAAGUGUGGACCCAGCUCUCAUAUCUCUUCCCCUUGUCCCACAUCCACCUCAUAUUCAUCGGCCCUGAAUCCAUGACCAACCGCGACGCCGAAUUCCCACUGCCCGAACGGACGCCCGCAAAUCCCUUUGGCGCCAUUGUCGAAGACCGCGUUUCAGCAAAGAUGAAGAUUACGACCUACGUGGAUUAUUUCCACACUCUACACGAAGCGAAUGAGUUCUAUCCAUAUGAUCCGUACUUUGAUUGUUUCAUGUUGUUCCAUCCCGGGCUGGGCCAUCCAGCGUCUUCGUACGAGUGGGAGAGAACUCUUCCACAGUUGCUCGAAACCAAGAUUCCAGUUCUCUGCACAGGAUAUACUGAGUGGGACAUGACCCGAGACUGGCAAUGGGUCAUGGAGAAAUGUGCCGGAGAAGUCGACCUGCUCCUGGAACCAGGCGAGAAUCGUUUCCGGUCGCUCAGAUGGGAUCUGAAUGACUUGGAUCCUCAGGACAUCAGUUGCGGCAACUGGGGCGUUUGGGCCUUCAGAGGGAAGAGGUACGUGCUGACAUUACGACACUGA